AAAUGGGGGAAAAUGUUGAGAGCGGCGAGAGCGAGUUCGGCAGUGUCACAUCCUCACAGAUAUCCAUCCUUAACAACUGCCCCUUCGCCGAUCCCACUAAAUCUUCCCGUGCAGUUGACGACACCGUUUCCAUCAGCACGGAGGUUCUAUUAACCCCGAUUUCACCCCCGGUUACCCACACUCCGAUCCUCUCGCCUUCUAGCCUCGAUUCCAUCAACGACGAAGACGUCUUCCGUACUCCUCCCGAAAACGCCUCUCUCUCCUCCGCCGCCGAAUCCGAACCGAAAGCUAGGGUUUCGGCGAUCAAAUCGACAACGCGUGUUUCUGCUUCGGCGUCUCUUCUCACAGUGAAAAACGUUAAGGUUUUGGAGACGAAUUCCGAUGAACCUGUUAGGGAUUUGACUCCUCUGACUCCUCCGCUGUCUUUCGCGGCGGGAAAUGUUGAGGUGAAUCGUGUUUCUGGUCCCGAGGAACCUGUGACGGAGGUGAGGUCUCUUUCGUCUUCGCAAAAUCUCGCGGCCGGCGAUGUUAGGGUUCCGGGAAAGAAUUCCGGUUUCGAUUCUUCUUCUCCGGGGAAGCAAUCGGAACUGGAUGAUUCUUCUGCUCAGUCUGUAACUGAAGGAAUCGAGGUCACUGAAAGUAGUGGUGAUGAUUAUGGUGAAAUUGAGAUUCCAUUCAAAGGAGUUAUCAAAGCUCUUCUUCGUAACAAUGGAGAGAAUCUGGAGGAAAGAGAUGAAAGGGUUAGCUACGUUGAUAUUCUCAAACAAUUGGGUCUUAAGUUCCCUUAAAUGGAUACCGAUUUCAACUUCUUUCCUUUUCUUGUUUAUAACUAUUACAUCCCAGAGAAGAAGUUGAGAGUUUUCCGGUUUUGGUUGCUUGAGCUACAAGUAAUC